CUAGGCCUAGCUUAAGGAUUAUUAGGAGUACUCUGUAUACUGGAAUAUAGUUUAAUUAGUUAAACUAGAAUUCAUUUAAGGGUUGACAAAUAUUAAAGUGAUUGGCCUUAGACUAAGAAUAGUUUAAGGAUACUGUUGAAUGACAAAUGAUGGAUAUACAUGCCGGGAUAUAACAUCCCUUUUAGAGAGUGGGCGACACCCAAUAAUUUUGCGUAAAAGGGUGACCGUUACUCCCUUCAAUGGUGUGUCACUCUCCACAAGAUAUGAUUCCGUAUUUGAAGUUAAUCUUUAAGAUCCAACUUGAGACCGGUUGAGAAAAUGCUAAUGCUUGCUCUAUCCAAACCAUUGCAAAGGUAUGCAGUAAGGAAAUUAUUACAUGAGUCAACUGCUACAGAGAAGAAUCAAGUGGAGCCAUUGUGUAAUACAUGUUUGUUGUACACAUAAGUUAUCAUCUUUUGCACUGGUGUUGAAAGGAAGUUCGUGGCCUCCUCUUAAUACGAAAUUUGUGGCACGCUACAAUUUCUACCAGCAAGUAAACUGCUCAUUUCAUAUACUCUCUCUGUCCAAAAUUAAUGUUCCCACUUUGACUUGGCACGCAGUUUUAGGUGGAGUAAAAUUGGGGUUGACUUCCCCAAAAUACCCCUCCUCUUCCGUCACUCAGCCAGCCUCCCUGCCUUAUUCCUCCUCCCAAAAUCACCGUUCAUCCUCCUUCAACUCAACACCGUUCCUUCUUCAACUCACUAUUCUUCCUCCAACCCAACACCACCCAAAAUCAUCGUUUACCUCCGUCCUCACAAGCCGGUCCGUACACCUUCCGGCCUCCAUCACAUCCACAUCUCUGUACAUUUUCGAUUAGAUCUUUGUCGCCGUUGCUCAUCGUCAAGCAGCUCUAUCAAACCUCCACUACCGUUGCUCCAUGUCGAGCAGCUCCAUAAAAUCUCCAGUGACAUCAGAUCUUCGGUGGUCAGAUCUUGGGAAAGAGAAAGAAAUUGAAGAAUUUGAGGGAAUAUAAUGCUUGUAUGUCCCCAGCUUUCCUUUCCUCUUGUAUCCUCUGAUCUUGGAGCAGCUAAUCUGGAGAAUAAAUUCAUAUUAAAUAAUCUGCAUCUAUCCCAGGUUUUUAAAGUUUGAGGCAUUGAAGAAUUGAAUGCAACUCGGGAAGGGGAGACGGUCGAUGACGGCGGCGUCCUCGCCUGGCGACGGCGCUCGGCGGCAUUCGGAGUUACAAGGCCCAAGGUACGAGUCACACUCUUCCGUUCGACUUUCCCCUUCCCGCCGGCGUGCGGGAGCUGCGAUGAAGGCAGCACCGAUUUUCGCCCCUCCUUCCUCUGUUUCUAGUUCUUUCCAAUAUCGAGGGAAUCAAUGGGGGCUGUCCGGGUCGUUGGGCUUGCUGUCCGGGCUCCCAGGCCGGCUGUUUGGGUCAGUUGGUGGGGCUGCCCGGGCCGGUUGACCGGGCUGUUUGGACCGGCAGUGAGGGGCUGCCCAAUUGGGGCAGCAGGUUGGGUUUUCCGGGUCGGUCCGGCGGGUUGUCGGGCUGAUCUGGUUGUAAUUGGUACUGUUCCGGCGAGUGCAGCGGGCUUGAGGAUAAAUCUUUAGUCCCGAGUUCGCGACACAGGUAAGUUAUUUUAAUAUUGUUGAGUUAAAUCUUGUUGUUUGAGCAUGACGGUAAUCGGUGAGAAGUGAUUCUUUCGAUAGGCCGCUGAGUGUUUGUUCUGUUAUGAAAAUGUUUAAGUGAUUGUUAUCAUUUGAGAACUCUGUUGAAAAUUGGCCACCUAGUAUACCUAGGCAGAUCUGAACUGAAUUGGAUAGUUUAACCACCAAUAGGACUGUUGUU